AUGCGCACCCGCUCGCAACCCAUGUCGCCCGGGGGCUUUCUUGCUCUCGAAAAAGAAAAGAAUGCUCCUCGUCAGACAAGAUCGAUGAGAGCAAGAAGCGCUUCACAUGCCAGUGCGCAAUCCAACUCGCAAUCUGAGACGGAAGAACCUCAACCACAACCCACCACGCGGUCGAGGACAAAUAAGAAGACUACGACUACUACAGGUGCAAAGAAGGAUACGACCACGAAAAAGACUACUACCACCAGGAAGACUGCUACGACGAAGAGAGCCGCCGCUGCCAGAAAAACAGACACUACCGCAAAACCCUCGUCGAAACCCGCAAAGGCCCCUGCAACUCGCGCCAUGAAAACCAGGGCAGAGCGGAAGACGACUAGAAGGACUGCUGAACAGUCCCCUGAGGAAGAAUCACAGGAAAUUAACGACGCGUCCCAAUCUCCUGAAGUCAAAGCCGAACCCGAUACCACAGCAAACGAAUCUCCUAAGAUUCCCGAUGAAAAUAACGAGGAAAGCCAGAAGCCUACGGAGGUUACCUCUUCCGCGGUGGAUGUUCUGUCGGAACCCCAGGCCAGCGAUUUGAACCGGAAGCGCCCACGUGCCGAAUCCCCCGAUCGUGCGAGUGAAACUCCGUCGGUAAAACGGUCCCGGACAUUGCGCCCGCCGGGCAGCACGUCGUUGGCUCGUCGUCUGGCUCCGCUGUCGCGUCGUUUGUCUACGAACGGUGUACCAUAUGCCGAGAGACUUCGUCGGCGGCAAGCAGAGCGCCAGGGCCGCAUCCAUACGACCGUUUUCCGACUGCCUGAGCUCGUGGCUCAGACCGAGGCAGACCGCCGGGCAUCAGAGUCAGCAUCCCCGAGCCCUGCACCUCCGGCCCCUCAGAACUCUUUUGACUUUCCCGAAUCUUCUGAGCCCUCUCGGAGUAUGGAAGAGUCUACGCCUCAGGAGCCUCGGACGCCAGAGACGCCUAGAGGGUGGAACAUCCGUGGAUUGCUUAGCUCUGUGCCUCGUUUUUCUGUCUCUCGCUUCCUGCCACGUCUUGGCCGAUCUUUUGGCCGGACAGAAGAAGGGGAAGAAAUUGAUCCGGAGACCGCGUCACGCCAAUCUACUCCGUCGGCACCUUCUACUCCUACAAAAACCACUGCAGCUCCCACACAACCUCCCGCCACGGAGCGCGUUGUGACAACAGAACAAUGGAAAGCUCCUGGUGGAAGUACCCCCAAAUCUGCACCCGCCAAGAAGCCUUUGCCCAAUCUGUCUUACGAUCUCUUCCCGCGCCCGAUCAAUCGGGACUUGUACCUUCCUCGCUCUCCGGAGCCCGCCGCUGAAGCGAAAGAUGCUGAGGACAGCGCAGCCAACAAGGACCAGCGGCAAAAACAAGAGAAGCAGGCUCAGGUUUCUCCUGAGACUGCUCCAGCAGAAGAACGUGGACGCGAGAUUACUGACACCACGGACAAGAAGCGCAAGCGUGCUCCGUCGCCAGACGUGAUUCCCAACCCGCCUGGCUGCAGUUAUGGUCUUGACUUGGACUACUUCUGCUAUUCUGACAGCGAUGAAGAAGAGGAGCCGAGUCCAUCUGUCUCCAAACCUACUCCUCUAGCCAAAUCUGCAGUUCGCAGCGCACUUCGGUCCGAAACCCAUCCAUCGAAGAAGGUUCGCUUCGAUGCUAGCCCUGAGGAUACUCCUUCGAAAAAGCGUGGUCGCGCAACGGACCCCUAUCAAGGACACCACUUCUUGGGGUUGGGCGAUGUGUCACCAACGCCGGUCACCGAUUCCGCGAAAACUACGCCAGCAACUCCGACUGUUACUGGUUCGCCUGUGCAGCGGCCUCCUGGAUUCAAGUUCAACACCCAGGGUUCUUUUGGUUUUGACUACGACGAUUUCUCUGAUGAUUCUUCCUCGAGUGGAGCAUCCACUCCGGCAAUUCUGUCACCUGCCGGCACUCUUCCUGAAACUCGCGCGACCCCGCGCAGCCAGGUUCAGGAAAGCUUGCAAUCGCCUCGUCCUGCUCCUCAUGCUGCUCCUUCGGCUCCCCCGAGCACUCCGAAGGUUGAUGCGGAAGCUCUUGCGAAGGUCCGGUCUCAGGCCGAGAAGUACAAACCGAAAACUCCCAGUGGUCUUCGUACUGCCAGCCGUUACUCUACGAGCCCGAUGGUUCAGUCGCCCAAUGUCGAGCCUCUAAAGAAACCCGAACCCAAGGAAUCUAUUCCGGAGGAGCUCCCUGAAAAAGAGAAUGUUCCCGAGAAGCCAAUUGAGAAGCCUGCUGAGAAGUUUGGCGAUGACCAAUUUGCGCGCGAUGCUGAGUGGCUCUACGAGCGCUGUCCUUCUGGCGAUUUCAGCAAAUUCACAUGGCCCGAGAAGCGCAGCCUUGUUGAUAGCCUGGAGAUCAACCCCGAGGCUGUGAAGAUCCUGGAUAAUGUGUGGGAUUCUUCUGACAUUGAAGUCGGGCAUACUGCUUUCUGUCGUGGCAUGGAGGAAUUUGCAGCCACAUUUGUUUAG